AUGUUCAGCCGGGUGUCAGACAGGCAAUUAAAGCCUCGUGUGGUCACUGCUCCGGGAGAGCUCCCGUCCCCUCCCUACCCCCGGCACCGCCUGGGGCCGGCCCCUCUCGGCGGCGCCGCGUUCCCCGCCCGGGAUGCAGCGGGCUGGGGCUGUGCGAGGCUGCAAACGGAGCCGGGGAACCGGAGCGGGGAAACCCCGGCGCUUUUCCCUGCGGGGCUCCGUGCCGGGCGCGGCCCCUCCCGGCCGCGGGUUCCGCCGCGGCUGGAGCUGCCCCCUGCACCGGGAGCGGAGCUCCGCUGCCUCCGCCCGCACCUGCGGGAGCGGGACGGGCACCGGGGCCGCGGCGGGCCUGCGGAGGGCGCUGCGCGGCCGCGGAAGGGCGCGGGCGGCGGCCCCCGGGCGCUGCCGUCGGUGCGGCCGUCGGGCGGGAGCCGAGCCCCGCCGGCCGAACGCCCCCGGCCCGGCCCCAGCCCCGGCCGCCCGCGGGGCCCCGCGGCCCGUGUGAACGGGCCCCCCCGCCGGGCCGGCGGAGAAAGGCGCCAUUGUGCGGCCCUUCCUCCCGCUCCUCCCGGCGCUGGCAGCUCCCGCGGCGCGGGGUCCGCGCCCCACCCGCCCGAGCAGAAAAAGGAGGUUAAUGAGGACACGGUUUCAAAAAGCCAUGAAGCCCCCUCCCCACCCCCGCCUGGGCGCGUUCGCACACAAAGGCCGGGCUCGACGGGCAGGGGCCGCCGCGGCCCGACCCGCGCCCCCGCCCGCCCCGUCGGCAGGGCGGAGCGCCGGGGCCCCGGCCCGGUACCGGGCGGCAGCGUAGCGGCGGCCCCGGUGCCGUUCCUCGGACCGGAGCCGCUCACGGCGGCCGCCGCCGCCCGCUCAGGGCACCGCGGGACCCCCGGGGGGGCGCCCAGAGCCCAGGCGACAUCUGCGGCCGGGGAGCCUCCGCCUGCCCCCCAGCCCCGGCGGGUCCCGGCUCCAGCCCCCCACGGGCGCGGCUGUCCCCCGGCAGGGAAGGGGCUGCAGGGCCACCCGCGCCGUCGGGGCCCCAGCGCACCCCACGGUACUCCCAGGAGCAACUGA